AUGCAUCGUGCAUUUGGUCGUUUUACCAGUCAAUUCCUACGUCCUGUUUCAUUCUCACCGAAGUCUUCACUUGGUUCUCCAUUCAUCUCUCGCUGGAACUCCACAAUGACGGCAGUCAACGGCGCAAAUGGAAGUGACUCACGCCCGUGUUCUUCUUCGAUAUUGACAAUUGUCUUUACUCUAAAUGUACAGUUCAGCUCUGGUAUAUUUGAGCUCCGGGGCUAUACUGACAAUUACUUCUAG